AUGGAACCUUCUUUCCAACAACCACCUCCUCCACACACUUACUACACCAAUCCACCUCCUCAACAACCCUAUUCCAAUCAACAACCUCCUCCUCCAAGCACCUCCUCACACCACUAUCAUGCCCAACCGACCAGUGUCCCUUAUAUAGGAGCAGCCUCAAGUGCCUCUACUCCUCUCACCACAAAAACCUAUGGAGGAGAUGAUUAUUAUGAGGCUCAUCAAAUCAAUAAGGCUCGGAAUGCCUUUGCAGCUGCGUUUGUAACGAGUCUAUUCUUAUUCUUCUUUUGUACUCCGUUCGCCAGUUGUAUUCCCUAUCUGUUUGUAUUUAAAUAUCGAACGAAUGUGGUUCCCGAAGCGAGAAGAUUUGGUGAAUUGGCUCGUUCAAUCUUUUGGGGACUCUUUGGAUUGAAUGUAUUGAUUAUUGUGUGUGCCACAUUGGUAGGAAUUAUUGUUGCUAUACAACAACGCGUGGCUCAUGAUCGUCGUCAUCAUUGA